AGAGAAGUCACGCCGCGAACGCGGUUUUAAAUGUUUUUCGCUUCUUUUAUUACCGUGUUGCCGCUCAAGAGCAUCUCAGAAGAGGAAGAAUAAAAUCAAGCAACCACAACCACAACGGCAUGCUCGAGCUGUGCACAAGGCCUGCCCCAGGGUUUUCAACGGGGUGCCUUCUCGCACCGCGAGGGUGGACUUUCGAUGUCGCCUCACACUACGUCGUGCACUCCUGCAGAGCUGCAGAGACGCAUGCCGAAGGCAGAGGAGCAAAUCAUGAGGUCAUCAGCGUUGCAACUCGCACCGAUGAUGGUGACAAACUCCCGGUAGGCAGUUCCAGCAACACCGCCCGUUUUGAAUACAUGAUGGGCACGCAGGCUGGUGCUACACUCUACGUCACGGAGCUUUUCGUGCCGCGUCAGGAGACAUUUGCGAGCACGUCACCUAAAGCGGCGCUGUCAUCGUCGUGGAGCGCGGAACGCAUCCAACGCAUUCUUCAGCAACGUGUCUGCAGGAGGAGUGACGCAGAUGAACCGAGCUCUGAUCCUUCCACGCUGCAAACACACGAUCCUUCUGCCACGGAGGCGUGGGUGGUCGAAGUUGGAGCUCAACCGGCGGACUGGACAGAUCGUGACGGUGCGGUCGCAAUCGACGAGCCGCUGACGUCGUCCCUCUCUCUUUACGAUAUUCUUCGCCUUUUCUCGCACAUCUUUGUGGAGGUCGUGUGGGUAGGCGCAGGAGGGAAACCGGAGGUUUCUGUAGCCGAUACAGUGCGGUGCAUCGUUGCCGAUCUUGAACGUCAGUACCACACCCCUGUGUUGAGGCUAGACGCCUUCCGCUGCUUCACGCAACGGUCAUCCGAUGCCGCUGCUACCACAUCGACGUCAUCGAAUAAUGCUGCAUACAACACGGCGGAGACCACCAGAGGUGCCACUAUCAUCACGCAACUGCGCGAGCCGUGCGCACCUGCGAUUCUGGCGGACACUGAGUCGUCGCACGUCAGCGCCUUGUGCUCUACCUGUCUCUACAGCGCUACAGGAGGUGCUUUUGUGCAGCUUCUGCUGCCGGAUGCUACGCAGGCGCGCGACCCCGCUCCGCCGUCACGGGGAUGCGGUACGCACCGUUUUUUCAUUUGCGGACCAGACGCGGCAGGGAAUCAGCGCGGCGGCGGCCCAAGGGCCGAGGUGUCAUUGAAAGCGAUUGCUACAGCCACGUCUGGUAUGUGCAAUCUCCUGCAAGAUCAGUUGCGUCUGACCUGGGAGGGUCUUUCUGUGGCCGCCCCCGCUCCUUACCCUCAACGAGACAGGGAGGGCGCCGAGGGAGACGGCGCAGAGACGGUGGCAGUUGCCCUCGCGACCCUUGCGCUCGACCCGCUUCCCACCCCCACGUCUCUGUACAGCUUUUCCUCCGUUGAACACGCCUGGGAGGCACACGUGGCGCGGUCGAUGACGCUAAAAGAGAAGGGCGACAAGGACACAAGACGGUGGAGGGAAUGGAAACUGCAAAAGCUGCCCACGCCCCCUUCUCCAAGCAUCAGUGAGCUGAGUAGGAUCAUGGACGAGGCAGAGAUGCAGCAGGUGGACCUAGACAAUCCUUUCAUCACAGCAGCAGAGCGGGCCAUGCUCUACGCGGCGGCCAGCAGCGGGCAGCCACCGAUCGCGCCACGCUGCUCCACGUAUCUUCUCCGUCUUGUAGCGGCCCCGCAACACGAGCCCCUCCACACAUCACAGGACACGGCGGGGAGAGAGAACAACAGCGAGGGCCGUGGCCGGGAAAGCCUCUCAGACGAGUUGUGCCUCCUGCAACUGCACGCUCCGCGAGUGCAGAGUCGGCACGCCGUUGUCGUGUGUAUGCAAAUCCCGGCUGCCUGGCGCGAGGCUGCCGCACGUGAGGAGAAGCCGGCAGAGAUGCCAACACCCGCGAAAGAAGACAACAGCGACAGCGUCUCAAGGUUGUCGUACCCGCACGCCACCUCCCGCUGGGCCGCCGCGUUAAGCAGCUCCUAUCGGCUCGCCUCCUACACCCCGUCGCUGUGGCUACCACGCGAUGUCGGUCGGGGUGCGACGAGUGGCGUGUGUGGUCGGUCUGGCCGCCUCGUGCUACACGUUCCCGCAGGAGACGCACGGUACGAAAUUGUGCAGCUCGCCCCUGUAGCUGCGAAGUCGUUUGCUUCAUUGGGCUCCAUCGCCGCGUGGGUGCAACGAGAGGACGACUGGAAGAGUUGCUCGACUACAUGUCCGUUAAAAGAUGGACCUGCCUUCGACCAGGUGGGUGCGGUGUGGACGCUGAUUGGCGAUGGUCGCAGCGCUGCCGCGUACCUCGAGGAUGCGCUGAUGGAGUACAUGUACGACACCGGCAGCAAAAACCUCAACAACGUCCACCAACCGAGUCAGCACGCGCAGCAACCGGGGGUGUUGUGCAUCCGUAAGAGGCAGCGGCAGAAGGGGAGGGUGCUGACCGCGUCUGGACAGGCAACCGCGGCUUCGCAUUUGGGGUUGCAAGAGGUCUGCUCCGCUUGGGUAGACGUCGGUGCGGCCCACCGGCUGCUGUUGCGCGUGCGAGACGUGGGCGUUGGCGAGGUGCUGGUGACGGAGGCCUCGCUCGUCGGCCCCCAUACAGAGAAGACGACAACGAGAUCUGCCGACGAGGGCGAGGCGACAGAGGCGGAGCGCGUCAGCCGUGCGGAGGAGGAAGCGCUGGAGAGCUGGGUGGAGGGGAUUGCUGCAUCUGCGAUUCAAAAGAACCUCCGUUAG